CCACUCGAGCCGAAUCAGUCCCAGAGAGACGCUCGUUCGGUGUAAAUGGCAGUGAUCAAGUAGAGGCAGCCAGUCGUCAGUAGCGUCGUACGGAACGUGUGUGUUCUUCGGCGUUUGUUUUAGGGGAGACAAACCGUGUGUGUGUCUGUCUGUCUGUCAUUCAGUCAGUCGGUCGUUCGGUCGAUCCGAUCCGGCGAAAACCACGAGACGAAACGGCGGGUAUCCGUCACUAGCUUGCUAGUAACAUUAAGCGCAAUAGUAGCAGCAACAACGAAGAAUCAACAGUAACAGCAUCCAUCUUUGGCGACAACGGACGGCGGAGGCGGAGGAGGACAGAUAGAGACUGGAAUAAGAAGCACGCACGUUCGGUGUAUGUGUGUUUGUGAUUGAGUCGAGAUCAUCGGGGACCCAUAGCGCACAAGGUACCACCAUCACCACAACGUAACAACCAUGGCUGUGUUCGGAUUGGUCUCGUCGGUGGCCGGCUUCAUCAAAGUCCGGUACCUCAUCGACAAGGCCAUCAUCGAUAAUAUGGUGUUCCGGUGCCACUACCGGUUAACCAGUGCAGUGCUAUUUCUCUGCUGUGUGCUCGUGACGGCAAACAAUCUUAUUGGUGAUCCAAUUUCCUGCAUCAACGACGGCGCCAUUCCCGGUCACGUGAUUAACACGUACUGCUGGAUUACGUACACUUUCACGCUGCCCGGUCAGCACGGACGCCCGGUGGGCACGUCCGUUGCCCACUCAGGCCUUGGAAACGAGUUCAACCAGGAGCGAACGUACCACAGCUACUAUCAGUGGGUGCCGUUCAUGCUGUUCUUCCAGGGUCUUCUAUUCUACAUGCCCCACUGGAUCUGGAAGAACUGGGAAGAGGGCAAGAUGCGCCUGAUCUCCGAUGGACUGCGCGGUGCCAUGACUCUCGGUCCGGAAGAGCGCAAGGGACGCCAGGGACGGUUGGUCAAGUACCUGCACGAAAGCAUGAAGACCCACAAUACCUACUCGUUCGGUUACUUCAUCAGCGAAGCACUCAACUUCAUCAAUGUCGUCGGCAACAUCUUCUUUGUGGACAAGUUCCUCGGUGGUGCAUUCUUGACCUACGGCUCGGAUGUGCUCAAAUUCAGUGGCAUGGACCAGGAGAACCGCUCGGAUCCUAUGAUUGAGAUCUUCCCUCGCGUGACCAAGUGUACAUUCCACAAGUACGGAGCUUCCGGGAGCAUCCAGAAGCACGAUGCCCUCUGCGUCCUGGCGUUGAACAUCCUGAAUGAGAAGAUCUAUAUCUUCCUAUGGUUCUGGUUCAUCAUCCUCUCGGUUCUAUCCGGUCUGGCCAUUCUCUAUUCGGCGGCCAUCGUCAUGAUGCCGACGACUCGCGAAGCCGUCCUCAAGCGUCGCUUCCGCUCGGCCACUGCCCUUCAGAUCGAGAACCUCAUCCGCCGGAUCCAGAUCGGGGACUUCCUGAUGAUACACCUGCUCGGGCAGAACAUCAACGUGACGUCCUAUUGCGAGGUGCUGCACUCCCUGAUGACUCAACUGGACGAGGAUCAACCGGGUGACACACCGUCCGCUCCGUCGACCCUAGAAAUGGCUCCCAUAUAUCCGGAAAUUGGAAAAUACGACAAGGAAAAGGCAGUGCUGCAUCAGGAAUACGAAGCAUAAAACAUCCACACGCCACAGGUAGACAGAGAUAGCGAGUGCGCGCACGCGCGACAGAAAGAGAAAGAGCAUAGGAGAGCUGUGUUUAGAACGUUAGAAGAAGAAGAAGGAAGCGAGAGAAAGACAGGAAACGCGGACGCAGGAGGAAACCGGAGUGAAAGGACCUGAGCGAUUGAGAAAGCUAGAGAGAUAGAGAGUGCGAGCGAACGAAUGAUUUUUAAGAAGCUACAUUCCGGAGGGAGGAAACAUACUCGGCCGCCUACGGAAUUGCCCACCAGACGACGAGUGUGCGAGCGAAUGUGUUUUUGGUUUGGGAAAAUCUCAUCUCAGAAGUGUCUGGUCUGUUGUCCGAGCACACGACUAGUGUGCAGAAGAAGUGCAGGGAGAUAGCGAAAGCGAGAGAGAGAGAGAGAGAGAAAGAGAGAGAGAGCAAUGAGUUUUUUUUGUUUUUAAUAUACGCCGGAGCCGAAUUUUUUGCGGUUCUAGAUAGAAUUCAGAGACGAGGAGCUAAAUAUAUACAUAUUUGUAUUUUAAUCUGUAGGAUUUUUAGGCAAGUAACGGAGCAUUUUACGUGCACGAUUUCUCCCGGGAAGCCGAAAGCGGAAAACUGUCAAAAUUGAAUCGUCAAUUGAGGAAUCUUUGCAAAUGAGAAGACUGUCUCUUUUUAAAGAAAAAAAAACACUAUUUAAAAAACACGUUCAGGAAGUCAACAUUCGAAACUAUUUUAAAUUUUAGCGUGUAUCUAUCGAAUCAAAAGCAUACCUAUUUUUUCUAGGAUUUUAAACUCAAAAAAAAAUGAAAGGCAUAGUAUUAUUCCAGCAAAAAAAAAACGGCCAAUCGCAAUCAGUGAUAGUUAGGGGCGUUAACACUAUCUCAAAAAAAACCGAAUACUUUAUUAUACAAGAGGAAAACGAAUUGCCAUAAAUUGUAAGACACACCAACACACACAAACACACGCAAACACAAUAGACUAGAAGAGAAAGAAGCAAAAAGAAAUACACAAGGAGCGAAAGAGAACACAUGAGUGAGAAGAAUCAAGUGCAACAACAGCAACAAAAUGUAGUGCUCAAAUAUAGUUCAGAUUUUAGAAACAACGCGCAUUUAGCUUCCGAUUUCGAAAAAAAAACUCACACUCAUCAUCUUCCACAAUCAAUUCGAAACAGAAGAAUACUAUGUACCGAGAACUUGUUUCCCAUUUUUGUCAUUCCUCAAAUUUGUCUCAGCCACAACCUUCAUUCUUCAUUUUUUUUUUAGUAGAUAGAACAAUUUUAACUAAACGAGAAUAAACGGAAAAAAAGCUGCCUUAUAGAGAGAGAGCGUCGUCGUGAACUAAUUUUACUAAAAACGAGAAAAACAAAAAAAAUAAAAGCGCAAAAAAAGUGGAAAACUUUCAUCUCAUUAGAACUAAGGAGGAAAAAGUGGAGCAAUUUUUUUUUUUUUUCGUUUAGAAACGUCGUCACACAGAAUCUUUGAUUGAUUAGCAAGUAGAAACCGGGAUUUUCUCGUAUUUUUUUUUGCAGAGUUCGACAGUAGUAUGAGUGAGAUGCACGGACACAGAGUACAGAUUUUACAGAUUUCUUCCAAUCAAAAUGACAAUCAAAUAGUGCAUGCAGAUCAUAUAAUUCCUUUUUGUCGACUUAGAAACGUUAAUUCCACAUACAAUUACAUGAUUUUGUUUCAUAAUCGAGCUAGCCAUUUAUAUCAGUAAAAGACAUACAUACAACAGAACACUCGAAACGAAAUGCUACUCUUAUCAAACUUGCAAAAUAAGGAGAAAUUUUAUUGUGAUAAGCUUGAAAUUUAGAGGAAAUAAAACAGUUUUAUAAGA